CACACACACACACAAUGCAUUAGCAGAAGCAAUCUCUACAGAAAGCUAUCAUAGAGCAAUGUCUUGGAAAAUUAGAGUGGUGUUGUUGAUUGGGUUCGUGGCAUGGGCUUAUCGGCCCUUCCGCCCACCACCACCACCACGCCUCUGUGGCACAAAGGGCGGGCCACCCGUCGUAGGGCCUAGAAUCCAACUAAGGGAUGGAAGGAACUUAUCAUACAAAGAGCAUGGAGUCCCCAAAGAGGCAGCCAAAUACAAGGUCAUCUUGGUCCAUGGCUUCAGCUCUAGCAAACACGAAGCCUCCAUCACUGCCACGGAUUUGGUGGAGAAACUGGGCAUUUACUUCGUGUCCUUUGAUAGGCCGGGCUAUGGAGAGAGCGAUCCCGACCCAAAGAGGACCAUAAAGAGCCUAGCAUUAGACAUAGAAGAACUCGGACUUCAGUUACAACUCGGUGCAAAGUUUUACAUCAUCGGAAUUUCCAUGGGAGGACAGGCUGUCUGGGGAUGCCUCAAAUACAUUCCUCACAGGGUAAAAGGGGCUGCAUUGUUAGCUCCAGUUGUGAACUACUGGUGGCCUAGUUUUCCCCCGGCUUUAGCCACAGAGGCAUACCAUCUUCAACCCGUGCAGGACCAGUGGGCAUUGCGUGUUGCACGCCACGCCCCCUGGCUCGUCUACUGGUGGAACACUCAGAAAUGGUUCCCGGGCUCCAGCGUUGCUGCAGGGACCCAAAACUUCACAGCUCCCGACCUCCAAAUCAUCGCUAAAAUGGCUGCCUCAGGAGUGUCUCACAAGGCGUACGCGACGCAGCAGGGCGUGCACGAGUCCUACCACCGCGACAUGAUGGUGGGAUUCGGGCACAGGGAUCUUGAUCCAAUGCAGCUUGAGGAUCCCUUCCCACAUGGGGAGGGCUCUGUUCAUCUGUGGCAUGGCACUGAUGACGGGGUCGUGCCCGUGUCGCUUCAACGGUACAUUGCAGAGGAGCUGCCAUGGGUGCAAUAUCAUGAACUGCCAAAUGCUGGACAUCUCUUCUCAUGUGGUGAAACUGCUGUCAAAGAUGCUAUAUUGAGCAAGCUUUUGAUGGCUGAUAAAAUGGUUCACUGAUAUUUUUUUUGCUCAUGUUUAUGCAUUGAGGGUGAUUGUUACUUCAAUUUUAUUUCAAUUCUAGAUGAUUCUUUUUGUGAAGAACCUUUACAAGAACAAGUCUGCGCAUCAAGAGUGACCAAACAUUUUUUUCAUUGCAUUUGAUUGAUGAUUGCUGGUUUUGAGGGUCUUUCUUGAUGAAUAAUGAUAUUACCAAAUUUUAAUUAUCAUAAAA